AUGUAAGCAAGAACAUAUGUCAAACCUCAUAAAGCAAAUCUAUAAAUAAUAAAAGAAAGAGAAAUAUGCUUGAAAAGUUUUGGGAUGAUGUCGUGGCUGGACCUCAGCCAGACCGCGGCCUUGGACGAUUAAGACGAAUUGCCACGGGCAUCACAGAUACAGAAGCAGGAAGAAAGUAUCAAAGAUCAUUGUCGAUGCCGACAAGUCCUGAGACGCCAUCGUCUCCAGCAUCACCCCGUGCGGCGGACAACGUGUGGAGGAGUGUGUUCAACCCUGGUAGCAAUCUGGCUACCAAGACUAUUGGCUCCAAUGUGUUUGAUAAGCCUCAACCUAACUCCCCUAGCGUCUAUGACUGGCUUUAUAGUGAAGGCACAAAGAGCGAACACCGUUGAUGCUCCACCAACGAAGGGCUGGAUGUAAAUACGUGUUAUGGCUGAUGUGUUUUACCACGUUUCGUGUCUUUUUAUAAUAAAUAACAAUAAUUUUAGUAUUAUACCCUUAAAUAAGAGCAACCUUUGCUAAUGAGUUGCUUCUUUCCAAUCCUUUUGUAAGUUUUUUACUUUGCCCUGUGUUAAACCAUGCACGAUGUGGCAUUCCUUAUAAUAACAAAUUUUAAGCAUUUUAAUUCAUGAAUGAAACAUCCGAAAAGGUCUAAUUUUGUC